AUGUUGGCCUGCGCGCACGUUCUUUGCAGUGAUUGUUCAAAGGAUUACAUGCAAAGCUGCGCCAAAGAUAAGAAGAAGCCGCUUUGCCCCCAAUGCAAAGAACCGAUGGCUCGUCGAUCCACCGUCCAACCGGACUGGCUGAAGAAGUGUCCCCAGGAGUAUCUGGACCUCUCUGGCAGUAUGGUGGAGCAAGAGGAACUCCAAAUUGAUGACCAAGUCUUUUUCGAGAGUCAGCUACCGCGCGAUUCGAAGAAGAUUUCGCCGCGGAAUGUGAAGAAGAUUUCGCCGCGGCAUGUGAAGAAGGUCUCGCCGCGAGCUGCCAAGAAGGUUUCCCCGCGGGAUGUCAAGAAGCUUUCGCCGCGUGGGGUGAAGAAGGUCUCGCCGCGGGAUAUCAAGACUGUUUCGUCGCGCUACGGGACAUCGCAAAAAGUUGGCAGCCUUCUUGUUAAGGAAGAGCCGAAGGAUGAGAAAAAAGGAGAACCGAAGCACGCCAAAAACGAAGCGGUUAAGACCGCUAAAAACGAGGCCGUGAAGCUUGAUGCUAAAAAGUACGCUGAAGGCCACAAGGGGCUGACUGCUGCUGAGAAGUAUUGGGGGUACACCCUGCCGCCCGCGCCCAAAGAUUGCCAAGAAGAAGAAGAAGAUGAAGAGAAAGUCCUCAGCAAGGAGGAAUUCUACUUUAAGAAGCGUUGCGAAGACUACAAACAAAACAACCGGAAUUUCAUCAAUCUGCCGCCCCUCGUGCCGAAAGAAUGGCAAAAAGAAGAAGCUAAGGAAAAAGUCUCCAUCAAUGAAGAAAAUUUCGUCAAAAAGAGCGGUGAAGACUUCUAUCGCUCUCCUUCUACUCCUCUCCGUCCGCCGCCCGGCUUGCCGAAAGAAUGGCAAAAAAAAGAACCGCGAGAGAAAGUCUUCAACGCAGAAGAAUUCUGGCAGAAGAGCCGCCAAGACUUCUUCCGCCGCUCCCUCCCUCCGCCACCGGCCUUGCCGGAAUCUUGGCAAAAGGAAGAACCGAAGGAAAAGGGGACCGCCGAAGGCAACAAAGAGGCCUCUUCGCAAAAGACUUACUGGAAUUUCAAUUUGCCAUACGAUCCAAUCACCUCGGACGUUCCAUUCGACGACGUCAUCGAUCAAUGCCCUGCCCUCAAAGAAUACAUGGUUAAGAACCGUAGCGACCUCCGUAAAUGGAUGACCGGCCAGCUCCUCCAUCGCUACAAA